CCGCCCGCCCGCGCCUGGCGGCGGCCCCGACACCGGCAGAGCAGCCGCGCAGCCGGCGGAAUGGAACGGCGCCGGGGCUGAGCCGGGCGCACUCGGGCCGCCGCAUGUGCCGCGCGGGGAGCAGCUGCCGAGCGGGCGGAGAGCGAACGCCAGGGGCCACGUCGGAGCGGCCGCACGAGCAGCGCCGGAGAUGGGAGAACAGCCCAUCUUCACCACGCGAGCGCAUGUCUUCCAGAUUGACCCCAGCACCAAGAAGAACUGGGUGCCGGCAAGCAAGCAGGCCGUCACGGUUUCCUACUUCUAUGAUGUCACCAGGAACAGCUAUCGGAUCAUCAGUGUGGAUGGAGCCAAGGUGAUCAUAAACAGCACUAUCACCCCGAACAUGACUUUCACCAAAACGUCACAGAAGUUCGGGCAGUGGGCUGACAGCAGAGCCAACACCGUGUUUGGUUUGGGCUUCUCCUCGGAGCUGCAGCUCACGAAGUUUGCAGAGAAGUUCCAGGAGGUAAGAGAAGCUGCCAGGCUAGCCAGAGACAAGUCCCAGGAGAAAGCUGAGAGUGCAAGCAGCCAUUCCCAAGAAUCUGGGUGUGAAACCCCAUCUUCCACUCAGGCAUCCAGCGUCAAUGGCACAGACGACGAGAAGGCUUCUCACGCGAGCCCAGCCGACACUCACCUCAAGUCUGAGAAUGACAAGCUGAAGAUCGCGCUGACACAGAGUGCCGCCAAUGUGAAGAAGUGGGAGAUGGAGCUGCAGACCCUGCGGGAGAGCAACGCCCGGCUGACCACGGCGCUGCAGGAGUCGGCGGCUAGCGUGGAGCAGUGGAAACGGCAGUUCUCCAUCUGCAGGGACGAGAAUGACAGGCUCCGCAGCAAGAUCGAGGAGCUGGAAGAACAGAGCAGUGAGAUAAACAGGGAGAAGGAGAAGAACACACAGCUGAAGAGGAGGAUCGAGGAGCUGGAGUCAGAGGUCCGAGAGAAGGAGAUGGAGUUGAAAGAUCUCCGAAAACAAGGUGAAAUCAUACCUCAGCUCAUGUCCGAGUGUGAAUAUGUCUCUGAGAAGUUAGAGGCGGCCGAAAGAGACAAUCAAAACUUGGAAGACAAAGUGCGGUCUCUAAAGACAGACAUCGAGGAGAGUAAAUACCGGCAGCGCCACCUGAAGGGGGAGCUGAAGAGCUUCCUUGAGGUGCUGGACGGAAAGAUCGAUGACCUCCAUGACUUCCGCAGAGGACUCUCCAAGUUAGGCACAGAUAACUAGGGCGGGGCGGAGUCCAGAUCCCGAGUGGCAAGUGUGUGUGAGAGGUGAAAUAGACAUAGGACAUUCUCCAUUUGCUUCUGUAAAUGCAGGUGCGUUCUGUCUGUCUCCAGACCAGUCGUGCCGUCCGCUCACUCCUCCAGAAUAGGAAAUCUCUUGCUUCUCUGGCUUCGUGAGGUCGUGGGCAACUGGAAGCUUCUGACUCAGGAAUCCAGAACUUGGUCUACCUUAGCCGUUUACGCAGUCAGCACAGGGAUGUUUAGAUCUUCCCUUAAGGGCUGUUGCAACCCUAUGAACUGGGGAUGGGGGGAGUAUUUUCGAAUCCAAGUGUCAUUAUCCUUUACAACAGGCCUUUGGGCACCUUCUGCUGUGUGGCAUUCAGUGUAUGUGACUCUCCAGCAGGUUCUAGACCACGGGCAAGUGGAGGGAGCAUCUUUUUCCCAGUAUGCAUUUCGUUGCUUUAGCAGAUGUAGCUAACCUUUUGAAGUCGUGGCAUGACAUUGUCAACCACAAAGUUCACACUCAAAAACACAAUUGACUUACCCAAAAAGAAAUAAUUGUAAAAAAA